AUGAGCGCGUCAGCAAUCGUCGGUCCCGGUGGGGAGAGCGAGAUCCCAUCUUGUCAGGGGUGUCGUCGUCGAAAGCUUCGAUGUUCGCGUGACAAGCCGACGUGCAAUCAUUGCCAAAGGCUAGACUCGCCUUGCGUCUAUGAUGCGAAAAAGAACAAGCCCGGGAUGAAACCCGGAGUUAUCGAGUCACUGAGUCGGCGAGUUGAGGCACUUGAAAACACUGUUUAUGAUAGCUCACGGCAAGACACCAAUGACCUGCCGAGUGCUCCGUUAUCGGAUACAUCGCAGCUUGUUGGAGCAUUCUCCAGUCUGAUCCAGGAACUGCGAGGUCUAGUUUCGGCUCCCAGAACUGUAGCACCAUUACAAGCUAUCCACUCAUCACCAGAGGCGUUGCAUCAAACAGCUCCAACACCGGCGCAGUUGUCUUCAGUCACCGAGGUAGCAGUCGUCUCACCCAGCCACAGAGAACCUCAUUCUUCCCACCCACCUUCCCGUAAGAGGAGGAGAGUUGACAGUUGCGGCAACCCAAACAUCGAAUUGGCAAGUCAGCUUGGUGAACUAGGUGGCAGCUCAAAUCAGUUACCACCUCCAGAGCUCCUCGAAGAAAUCGUCACAGCUUAUUUCAACCUCAUUCAACCAUGGAUCCCCGUACUGCACGAAACUCGAUUCAGAAGCCGAUUCUACAACCAUGAGCAGUUGCCUCCUCUGGCUGUUCUCUUGCAUGCCAUCGUCGUCGCUGCCAUCCGCUUCGUCGACUGUGAUAGCCAUCAACUAUCAGCUCAAGAGGUGGAGACGUGGAUGGCGAGAUCUAGAAGCAUUGUUAUACUCUCUGCAAUGGAUGGACUUGCCGUUGAGAAUUUGCAGGCAUUGAGCAUCAUAGCCUUCAGUGAUAUGGGCAGUGGCGAUGUCUCAAGAGCUUGGCCUAGCAUUGGCUCGCUCACAAGAACCGUCGAAUAUUUGCAGCUCAGCGUCGAGGCCGAUGAUCGACAAGAGAGACCCCUUUUGAAGCCUCUCCCUUCAAUACCACCUUCGAAGAAUUGGACGCAAGAUGAAGAGCGACGAAGAGUUUUCUGGAAUAUCUUCAACCUGGACAGACUUUGCUCCGUCAUGACUGGAUGGAAUACUAGUUUGACAUCAGAUGACGUCCGUCGAAGGCUACCGGCCGAUGGAGGUCUCUGGCACAAAGAGGAAACGGUCUUGACCCCGUACUUCGGCAUCUGGGACCGUUCCGCCGCCAGAAUCGGCAACUCGAUCGUCUUCCUACCCGCACAUUACCCAAGUCCCGAACAAACCACAGACGCACCGCCAGGCCCAGAGACACCGCUGACGACCCCAACUGUGCCGAAAGGAACUACCACAGUGGAUAUGUCAACCGUAGGGGCAUUCGCCUACUGCAUUGAGGCUACCGAGUCCCUCAGCCAAGUCACGACUUAUUUUUUGCAACAGAGGAUAAACUUCAAAGACCGUCAAGAAGUCAGCAACUGGCUUACAAGGUUCAAGGAGCUCGAUUUGCGGCUUGUCCAUUGGAAAAUGUUUCUUCCCCAAAAGUGGAAGGACUCAAAUAUCUCUCGACGACCAACCAUCAUCAACAUGGAUCCCAACUUGACUCUCGCUCAUAUCACACACAACACUUCGAUGAUUCUCCUCCACCAACAAAUUGCAUACCCAGCGCCCCAGUGGACGACGAUUGUCCGAAUGCCCAGCGCCCAUAGCGCAGAAACUUGCCAAAUCGCAGCCUCCGAGACAGCAACCAUCACCCAAAAGUAUCUCAAGUAUACCCCAAAUAACAGCCCAGUCAACAGCCAAUUUUCAUUCUGUGUCUUUGUCAGUGCCCGUUCACUCCUCGUGCACUGGCGGUACUAUAAGACAGACUUGGCGCCCGAAUUUUGGCAGCUCGUCGAGAGCCUUGAGGAGAUGGCAAAACGCUGGGUCGGCCCAAUUCUCAAAGAGAAACACAAACAUUCGUUGGCCGGGAAGUAUAGUGCCCAGCUGCGUGCUCUACACAAGAAAUGCGAAGAGCACCCGGACUUCUCACUCGACGUGCUCGGAUAUUCUACCGACGGAUUUCCGCCAGCCGAUAUCGAAGCAAACCCUGGUAAUGAGACGCCUCAAGACCAGGAUAGUACUCUCUCAAAGCCCCAGGAGACACAGCCAGUUCACCAGCCGCAACAACUUGACUCAAACAUCAACAACGUUCCAACGACGAUGCCGAUGGGGCAACUCAACUCCUUGAUACAAGCCUCCCCUACCAAUCAAAAUACCGAGCAGCAUUCACCCGACGAGUUAUCUGCCAUUUCUACUGUGUUGAUGGAUCAGGGUUUUAUGCAGCUGGACCGAGUAAUCAGCUUCGAUGACAUGCUCUUUUCGGCACAGACUGCAAAUGAUCAAGGUACCGCGUUUCAAGUGGACAACUGGACUUUAGGGUAG